AACACUUAAAAAACUUCUGGAAGUUAAAAAUAUUAGUGUUCCUUCAGUAUCAUCUCUGAGGAUUCUGUCAUUUAAAAAGAGCUCAUCUUUACUACUGCUGAAUCACUUUAUUCUUGUGCACCUUGAUUUUCCUGAAGAAGAUACGGAAGUAGAGGCACCUGACUGCUUUGUCCUUGACUUGUCUCCACAAGCUUUGGAAAGAAUAACAGAUGUGAACUUUUGUAGAGGGGUUUUAUUUUUGUUGGAUAAUUCUGGCAGGAUAUACAUAUUUGAUACAAUAGAUGGCGAGCAUCUCGCAGAUGUUGACGUUGCACUCUUCCGAGCAUAUGUGCAGGAUGAGAACAAGACUUCAACCGGCAUGUCUCCCCUCACUUCGAUAAAGGUGUCACAUGAUCUCAAUGUUGCUGUGAUCGUUAAUUCCUCCAAUUGUGCCAUUUCUAUUGAUCUAAAUUUGUAUUUCAGAGAAUUCCCUGGGCAUUUAUUUUGUAAGAAAUAUUUUGAAAAUCUUCCUGUGACACGACUGGAAGGAGUUGAUGAGGAUGAUCUUGCUAGCUCUGACUGCAGCAUGAAAUUUCUGAGGUUUUCUUUCCAGACAGAUAGGUCAUGGAAAGCACACUUGUCCUCAUUAUCUAACACAUCAAAGACACCUGACUCUUCCAAUUUGAUAUCUAAUGUUUGCUUACCUUGGUACCACUAUCUUCCCCACCUUGAACAGUUUGAUUCUAAAAUCAGUGAGACGUCAGAGAAGAUCUUGUCCUCCAUUCCACAAGACAUUGUCUACAUCCUUUCCGAAUCAGCAAAGAAAGAUUAUGCAAAGAUCAGUGAUGCAGGAAGACAAUGGACAAAAAUCCAUCCAGGGGGAGUAGAAGACAUGAUGACACUUGAGUGUAAAUCUGUGACAGGAUUUAGUGCACUGUUUGCAUUGUCAGCGGGUGACAAAGGAUUGACUGUUGCUCUGUGGGACUUAGAGACGCAAGAUGUGACAUAUUAUUGUAUGGGCAAAAACUGUACUUAUGUGGAUUGCAGUGGAAAGGAGCAGCUGUGUGUCAUUUUGACAGAGCAUGGACUCUUCUUGAUUCUGUUUGGUUUAACUCAAGAGGAAUUCUUGAAUAGACUGAUAAUCCAUGGAAGUGCUGGCACUGUAGAUUCUCUUUGUCAUCUCAAUGGGUGGGGAAGAUGUUCGAUUCCUGUACAUGCACUAGAGGCUGGCUUGGAGAACCGUCAGCUAGACACAGUAGACUUCUUUUUAAAGAGCAAAGAGAAUAUUUUCAAUCUUACUUCAGCGUGUUCCUUACCUGAACAAUCUACCAAUAUGACAUCCCAAUUUUACUUGAGAAGUGUGGAAGAACUGAAGCCAGCUUUAGAUUUACUUUGCUCAGCAAUCAGAGAAAAUGAUUUGGAAGCUCAGAGUAAACACUUCUCUGAGCAGCUGCUAAACCUUACCUUGGCUUUUCUUAACAAACAAGUCAGAGAGAUUUUUGUCCACACAGAAGAACUUGAUGAGUGCUUGCAGAAGUGUGUGGAUAUUUUAACCGCCUACAUUAUUGAACUUAGAACAUUUAUGAUAAAGUUUCCUCGAAAGCAGAUAAAUCUCUUAAAUAUAAGAUGUGAUCUUGAUGAAGACAUUCCCAGAAUAGAAGAAAACCAAAUGUGGGAAAAACUCACAUCAGAGCAAAUUAUUUUUGAGGCCAUUUUAAACAACAGAAUACCAGAGGCUCAGACAUUCUUUCGAGUGAAUCACAAUCCUGCUCAGAGUCUUCAAAAGCUGAUUCAAAUAGGUUUGGAACUCGUUUAUGACAGUCUUCUAAAGGGCAAUGUCAAAGAGGCCUCAGAACUCAUAAGGAAUAUGGGUUUUGAUGUGAAAGAGCAGUUGCACAAGAUAUGUUUCUACACUAUUGAUAAAAACGUGAAAGUAUUGCAAGAAGAAAACUAUUUUUCUGAAAAAGAGAAGAUGGUGAUAGACUUUGUGCAUCAGGUUGAAAACUUUUAUUCAGGACCCUUCCAAACCAAAAAAGAAAUUCAACCUCUUUCCAGUUUCAGGAAUUGGAGAAAGGAACAAGAUCUGUCCAGUCACACAGCUGUUUUGGAUACAUUGUUGACUUGUGGCAAACAUGAAAUUCACAACAGGGAACACAGAGUUAUGUUAAACUGGGGUCAGUGGUGGGAUCGGCAUGUUCAAGAAAUGGUUCUUCUUCCCAAAAGAUCACAAGAAGAAUUGAAGUCCUGUAGUCCUGAGGUUCUUUGGAUGUAUCUGACAUCCCAGCACAAUUGGCUUAACAUCUGUUCGUGGAUUGAAGAAUCCCAACCACAUAAUCGUACCUUGUUUCAACAGACUAAUUGGCCUUCUCUGACACCAGAUAUUAUUGACAAAAAUACAUUAUGCAGCAGCUAUAUGAGAAAUGAAAUAUUAGACAAGCUGGCUAGAAAUGGAAUAUUUGUCCCAUCUGAACAAGAAGACUUUGAACUUCUCCUCCUAAGAUUGAUCCACAUUGGAGGUGUGAUGCAAAGUCCACAUCCUGUUCCAAAAUAUGACGCGAGUGGUUUGGAUUUCCAUACUCAUUUCAUCCUGUAUUGUUUAGAACGUAGUCUGCAGCAUUUGCUAUACACGUAUUUAGACUAUUACAGUUUAACGCCUUUGAAUUGUCCUAUUUUGGAUAAGAAGGAAUUGCAUGAGGCUCACCCCUGGUUUGAAUUUCUAGUGCAGUGUCGAGGGGUUGCCAGUAACCCAAGAGAUCCAAAGAUGAUUUUUCAGGCUAGUCUUGCAAAUGCUCAGAUCUUGAUUCCUAGUAAUCAAGCUAGUGUGAGCAGCAUGCUGUUGGAAGGACAUACACUGUUAGCACUGGCAACCACAAUGUAUGCACCUGGCGGUAUUGAUCAGGUUCUUCAUAAUGAAGAUGCUGAAAAGCCCCUGAAAAAGGUGGAUCCACAGUUGUUAAAAAUGGCAUUGACUCCUUACCCCAAACUCAAAGCGGCUCUCUUUCCGCAGAACACAUCUCAUGGAAUUUUGCCAUCUGAUAUCUCACUCUACCAUCUCAUGCAGUCUUUAGCGCCUUUUGAUCCCACUAAAUUAUUUGGCUGGCAGUCCUCAAAUACUCUUGCCAUAGCAGACAUCUCAAGUGAUCUCCCUCAUUUCUCGUCCCCUGAAUUGGUAAACAAGUAUGCCAUAAUGGAACGACUGGAUUUUUCCUACUACUUACACCAUGGACGCCCAUCAUUUGCUUUUGGUACCUUUUUGGUCCAGCAGUUAGUAAAGAGCAAGUCCCCAAAGCAGCUGAUUCAGCAAGCAGGGAAUGAAGCCUACGCUCUAGCUCUUUCUUUCUUCAAUGUAUCAUCAGUAGGAGCAGCAUGCAUUUGUUUUCUGGAGUUACUUGGUCUUGACAGCCUCAAGCUUCGGGUUGAUAUUAAAGUUGCAAAUUUAAUAUGGAACUUCAAGUCUAGAAAUGAAGAGUCUCAACACAAUUUAAUAAGAGAAUCCUUGGUUGAAAAGCUAACAAAAUUGGUGGAUGGUGAAAAAACAGCAGCAGCAGAAGUGCUUAUCUCCUUGGAAGAAGCUUUUUGGAAUAAAAUUGAACAUCAAGAAAUAAAAAAAACAUCUGGUGACGCUAGAAAACAGUGGUCUUUGGUGAUGCAGUUCUGUAAGCUCCAUGAUAUCAAACCAAGCACAUCUUACCUAAUGGAAUGUGCUAGAUCCAAUGAUUGGCUACAGUUUAUCGUCCAGACUCAGAUGUACAGCUACCAACUAGAUGAGGUUGUUUCCAUUGUUCAAGAUUUCACUCCCAUUUUGCAAGAUCAUUUGAUGCUGGCCUUUGAGAAUUCACAGCGUUCUUGUCCAGGUGCAGAGAGUUAUCACAACAAUACCAGGCCUUUCAAGACUGGGCACAGGCAGAGCAAACAUACAAGUGACCUCUUUCAAAUUCUGUUGUGUUGUCAAGAAAGUCCUAACCCUGGAAGCUACCUUUUAGCUGAAGGAGUGAGGCACCAUGCUCCCUUCUUGAGUGUGUUAGCAGCGUGUUUUCAGGAUGCUGACAUUAUUCACUGUCUCUGUGUUUGGAUAAUUACCUCUGUGGAUAAUGGUACUGCUGCAGAAGCAACAAGCCAUAUUGAAGGCUCAGUAGAAAAUCAUGAAUGGGAUCUUCAUGACCUUUCCACCAUCUGGAAGAUGUUUUUAAGAAGGCAGAAAAGUAAAACUCUCAUGAAUGGUUUCCAACUUUUUCUCAAGGAUUCCCCUUUAUUACAUAUGCUGGAGAUGUAUGAACUGUGCAUGAAUGACAAAAAAUACAGUGAAGCCAAAACAAAACUCUACAACUUCCAGACAAGUCUUGCAAAUCUUAAAACUGCAGAUAAACAAACAUCUUCAGUAAUAUCAGUACCAUGGCUGGAGUCGCAGGCAUUGUUUCUUCUUGAACUGAUGAUGCAGCAGUGUAGAACACAGCAUGAAUUAGGAAAACUCUUAGAGCUCUUUGCAGAUAUAGAUAAACUUUUACCAAAUGGCCCAGAUGUGAAGAAACUGUGUGCCCUCAGUCAGAUUUUGAAGGAUUCAUCUAUAUCAAUUAAUCGCUCCAUCCUGACCAGUAGUGACUCAGAAAAUUUUCAGAAUGAAUGCAGAUCAAUUCUAGAGCAGCUGCAAGAGCGAGGAUUAUUUUCACUGGCGAGGAAAGUUGCAGAAUUAGCUGAGCUGCCUGUGGCCGGUGUUGUUAUCCAAGAGGUACUUCAAGAUUUACAUCUUUUAAAGCACAUUGGACAGUGGCAUCAAGAACAAACUAGAAUUGACUUCUGGAAAAAAUGUCAUGAUAGUUUCAUGAGAAAUUGCAUCUCCAACAAAGCAGCAUCUGACUUUUUCUUAGCUCAGGCAAACAUCCUGUCUGAAUCUUCAGCUGAUGAGAAGGCAGAUAACAUUAUGGAGAAACACCUGCUGCUGUCCUUGGCUGGCCAUUGGCUAGAGCAGAGUGACCCUGCAACAAUGGACAAAUUAGAAGAAAUAGAGAAAAGGAUCUGGCGUUGUUGCAUAGCACAACAGACCUUAAAUAGGGAGGGUGGCUUGGUCAAGUCAGGAUUUUCUCAGCAGGUUUCAGUGAGUGGUAAACUUUCCUUUGAUAAAUUAGCAAAGGAGUUUUCCUUUUCAAAGCUAACUGCUCUGAAUACAUCAAAAUACUUACAACUAGAUGGUCUGGCAGUCCAAGAUGUGUCUGAGAACACACUGGAUAAAGCUGAGGAAGAAUCACUUAGCUUUCUGAUUGGACGUCUUCUGGAUGAAGGAAGCAUACAUGAAGCCAGCCGUGUUUGCCGGUAUUUUCACUUCUAUAGCAAAGAUGUUUCAUUAGUAUUGCACUGCAGAGCGCUGGCUUCUGGGGAAACUGAUCUAAACAACUUACACCCGGACAUUCAAGCUGUUCUUCUAGUGGGAGAUACAGCGGAUGAGAGAGACACACCUCAGCCCCGAAGAUUACAAAGUACCUCAAGCUUAGAAAAUUGGUCACUUGUCCUGGCUUCAUCUCCAGAUGAUCUGAUUAUUACCAGUCUGAGGACACUGAUAGAUGAGUGUGUUCAUGGGAGAAACUACUGCAGACAAGUGCUCUGUUUGUAUGAGCUUUCUAAGGAAUUGAAUUGCUCCUACAGUGAAAUAUCAGCCCGGGAUCCUGAAAAGGUGCUUCAGGCGAUCCUUUCAUCCCAGCAACCUGACAGAUGCAAGAAAGCACAGGCGUUCAUCAUGACUCAUGGUCUCCAGUCUGAAACUGUGGCCGAACUUGUGGCUGAAGAAAUUAUGAAGGAGUUACUGGUGUCAUCUGCAAGAAAAGGGCAAAAGCAGAUUGUGAACCCAGCAGAUGAGACUCAAGCAUUCCUAGAGUUGGCUAAAUUGUGCCAGGAUCAUACAUUGGUUGGGAUGAAGUUAUUGGAUAAAAUUUCAUCUGUACCCCGUGGGGAAUUAUCUUGCACUACAGAGCUGCUGAUUUUGGCCCAUAAAUGCUUUAGCCUGACAUGUCACAUGGAAGGAAUUAGUAGAGUCCUGCAAACUGCCCGACUGCUCACCGAGGAACACUUGGCACCCAGUGAGGAGUAUGGUCUUGUGGUCCGGCUUCUUACUGGUAUUGGACGAUAUAAUGAAAUGACGUAUGUAUUUGACCUGCUACACGAGAAACAUUACUUUGAAGUACUUAUGAGAAAAAAGUUAGACCCGAGUGGAACGCUGAAGACAGCUCUGCUAGAUUACAUAAAGCGCUGUCGGCCGGGGGACAGUGAGAAGCACAACAUGACUGCCCUGUGCUUUAGCAUGUGUCGAGAAAUUGGAGAGAAUCAUGAGGCUGCUGCCUGUAUACAGCUUAAGCUCAUUGAAUCUCAGCCGUGGGACGACUGUCUCAGAGACGUUUCCAAGGUAACUUGA